AUGGAAGAAGAACAAGGAGGAAGAGAGAGAAGUGAAGUGAAGUACAGAGGAGUGAGAAAACGGCCAUGGGGAAAAUAUGCGGCUGAGAUUCGCGACUCAAACAAUCACGGAGCUAGAAUUUGGCUCGGAACGUUUGACAAUGCUCAGGAAGCUGCCCGAGCCUAUGACAGGGCAGCUUACAGGAUGAGAGGCCAUUUGGCUGUUCUAAACUUCCCCCAAGAAUAUCCGACGUCGGUUAUGGGCGGUGCCGGCGCCGGCGGCGGUUCCACUAGGAAGCAAGUGUUCGAAUUUGAGUAUUUGGAUGACAAGAUUCUGGAGGACCUUCUUGAUCAGUAGUCCGAUGAAGGCAAGAUAAACAAGAAUAGUAGAAGAAGAUAAUUCAAGAAUUAUAGCUCUCUAUCGUCUCUUUCGAUAGAUCUUCUCUGAUAAUUAUGAUUGGUGUUUGCAAUAAUUUUUGGGUAUCUUCAAAAUCCUUAAAAAAAUGUACAAAGUAUUCUUAAUUUGAUUAAGAAUCUUUAACGCCAUAUGAUAAUG